UUAAGUUACAGACUGGCUACUCUAUUAGUCUCUUACACAAAACAAACCAUGGUUGUUACACUGGUUGUACUGGUCAUCUAUGUGACGUCACUGGUGUCGGGGUGCGAACCUCCACGAUGCAAAGGCGACGUAUACACCGACAAAUACUGCGAUAAUGUCUCUCGUUUGGAAACUGCGGACCCGAACAAAUACGGGUAUCUCUUUCCGUUAGAUGAUCAUGACGGCAUUUGCAAUACAACUUUCCCAAUCACGAAUCAGUCCUCCUGCUGCCCAAAGGAGAGAAGCUACGAGUGCACCUCCGUCACCAGCAAUUGUCUGCCCCUGUUCUGGUAUAAGGAACUCAUCUGCAAGGCCGUCUGCCCGAACAACCUAACCUACACUGAAUGCACGUGCGACAACUGCAUCCCGGACUGCCCACUCAACGACUGGUGCAAGUACCGGACCGGAACGUGCGAGCCCUCCUGUGGCCGGCUGUGGGAUUUGGAGGCCUACUGUCUCUACCCCCCGAACACCGACCCCCUCCAGAAUCCCGUCAACUCUUUCAUAAUCAAUAUCAGCCUUUGUUUAGGGACGGAGUGUUUAUGUAUUCCGCGCCUUUAUUAAUGGUGCAGGUACCUCAACGACGAAGACUGCAACAGUUUGAUGAGGCGAAUAUUUGUCUCCCUUUGCAAGGUUUACCUCCCUUGGGCUAACCUUGAUUCAAUUGAGAAUUUUUAAUUAUUUUUUUUUAAAUAACCACUUUGAAGAAUCAAUAAAGAAAUCAGCUUAUGCAUCA